AUGUCGUGGUUCUGGAAGGGCGAUGCCAACUCCCCGGCCUCCUUUGAGAAGGCUCUCUCUAAGCUCUCUUCUCAAAUCACCGCUGCAAAUCUCGCACUCGAUACUACCAGAAGUCGAGGCAGGCGUGUCAAGGCGCUCUGGACUCUCUACACCACUCUGACCUAUCUCUUAUACUCGCUCAUCAUAGUCCUUGUUCUAGGACCUCAGAACUGGUCUUUAUAUCACUAUGGAGGUCUUGUGGGCUCCCCGCUGGUCAUUUACGCCGUUCGAAAGGCAAUUACUGCCGUCUCGGACUGGAGAAUAAGUCGACAGCAGUCAUAUUUGGACCACUUACAGAAACAACGAGAGUCCAAGAUUGCAGAUCUCAAGAAGGCUACCAAAUAUGACAGUACUCAAGAACUGCUGCAAAAGUACGGUGCCGCUCCUGCCAACAAGUCUCCGUCGAGAUCAUCCCUAUCUGGACCAAAGAAACCCGCGCCGGCUCAAAAACAGCUGCAUGGGCAACAGCCCCAGAGAACCGGUAUUCCUCCUCCUCCGACUGCCAAUAUUCCAGGCAGAAACGUCGCUGUUCCCUCUCCUGUAGAUCCAAGUCGACCAAUGACCCCGGUCUCCCCAGUUCUGGAUCACUCACCAACAGCUCGUCAUAAUGUUGCACAGAGCCCCAACGAUGUCGUACCUGACUCUCCAGGUUUUGCUCCAAACGCAUUUUCUCAGCCUCCUCUUACAAGGGCCACAUACGAACAACAAGCGCCACAUUGGUAUGAUAGAAUCUUGGAUGUGUUGCUUGGUGACGAUGAGACAGCAGCAAAGAACAGGCUUGCACUUCUCUGCUCCAACUGCCGUCUUGUCAAUGGUCAGGCACCUCCAGGUGUCAAUACCUUGGAACAACUUGGGCGAUGGAGAUGUGCGGGUUGUGGCUCCUGGAACGGUGUGGAGAGCGAGGGUGCCAAAGUUGUCAAAGAACUUACUCAGAGCUCGAAACUGGACGAUAGCCAAGGUUGGGAAAAGGUUCCAAAGGGAGGUGAUAUUAGGGAAGAGUCUAGUCCUGAAGUUUCGGAGUCCAAUCUUGAAGGAUCGACAGGUCGGGAGGCUCUUGAUGAAGCUAGCAUCACCAAAAGAGUCACCCGGAGUGCUGCAGAAAGCCGUCCCACGAAUCACUGGGUUGAUUUCUAUGGGACCAAAGCACAGCUUUAA